CGUCUUUCUAAUGGAUGCUACUUCUCGAAACAUUGUUGCAUUCAAACACAAAGUGGAGCUAAUGAGGGAAUUCAAUCAGAAGGUGAAAAUAGACAUAACAUUGACUGGACAGACUAGAACUAGAAGGUUUUAUUUUUUCUUGAAAGUUACAGUUCCUGCCUCUUUACCGUCCACGCAUUUAGGCUGUUGAGUCUGUGGUCGACUUUUUGCCACUGAUCAAGUGCGGGUGACAUGAUUCAAAGAGAAACGGACGGUGUGAAAGAAUAAAAAGAGAACGAGAGAGGGAGUAAAGAGAAGAGGGGCGGAUCGUUCAGACCAGGACUGGAGGAAGUUGUUUUGUGAGUCAUCGCUGUGAAACUCACAUUAUUACUAUUGGAACAGAGCAGAGCAAAGCAUCAAUCUGUCUGACUGGAGCCUCGGCGACAACGCACUCUAACAUGGUGAUCAAGGUCUAUAUAGCAACCUCUUCCGGUUCCACCUCGCCCCACCGACACCACCCAGGGCUGCUCUGAUAGGACCACAGCCUCAGGACCAGCCACUAACCACACCCCCAAACACACACGUGUUUCACAGUCUGGGAUGUUGAAGUGUGGCUUGAGAUAAAGAAACAGCAGCAGGAUGUGAUGGGCUUCCUGUCAGCCAAUAAGAUUGAGUUUGAGGAGUGUGACAUCGCUGCCAAUGAGGACAACAGGAAGUGGAUGAGAGAGAAUGUUCCAGAGGAGGCUCGACCCGCUGCAGGGAACCCUCUGCCUCCUCAGAUCUUCAACCAGGACAGAUACUGCGGGAACUACGAGGCGUUCUUUGAUGCCAGAGAAGACAAUAUUGUCUACGCUUUCCUGGGUCUCACCGCUCCCCCUGGAUCUAAGGAGGCUGAGGCCCUAGCCAAGAGAGAGCAGCAAUAGUUCCACAGUGCUCCUUCCUCCAACCACAGACCAGACCAGACCAUGACCAAGCCAGAGCCUGCUGGGCAGACCAUACCAUAUCUUCCUCACUUUGUUAGGGGGUUCUUUCCAGAUGUUUAGUUUAGUUUUGUUGUUGUUGUGUAUCAUGCUUCAGCUGUGCCUUAUCAGCUGGGUGUGAGGAGGUACUGAAGCAGAGCAUGCUGGGUACCCAUGAGUCCCUCCGCUGGCCUUAAAGCCUGUUGUCUGAAUGUCUCCACACCUGAUGUCAUGAUGUCCCAGUCAGUCUGAAUGCAUGUCCUCUAGAAGACAGGAUGUAGUAUCAGAGUAGCACUUCUCUCUAAUGUUAAACACAACAAUGUUGCCUUCCUCCUCUCUCCAAAUGUCCCAGCUGUCCUCCUGUCUACUUCUUCCUCUCCCUCCACUAUUCUCAGCAAUCUGACCAUCUUCUGUUCUACAGAGAACACGGCACCUAGAUGCUAGUUGUUUUAUGCCUGAGGCCCUGUGACUUAAUGUUUUGAUCGAGAUGAAAUGUGAUAAAGAUAACAUGAAGUAAUACAAAUAUAGCAUGCCAAACUAUACAUCUGUAACGGAAGCAGAGAGGUGAUGUAUUAUUGUAAACAUGCCUGUAUACCGCUAACUACUCAAUUCAGAUUCACACAUAUACUGGUCAGAAUGUUUGUUCAGCUUGGUGCCAUAGUAUAAUAUGAUCCAUAUAGUCUCUCCUCUCUUCUCUGCCUCACCAUAAUAGUCUUAUUUUUAUGUACAAUAAAGAUCUGAGAGUUGUUUUACUGGUUA